GCUUGGUCAUCUCACUGUUUCAACCCUAUCGGCGAAAUAAUGAGCUUGUAUCCAGCACUUCACAACCCGCAAGUCAGGGCUCCAAAAUGGUGGUUAGUGAAUGCUCAUGGACACCGGGUGGGCCGUCUUGCUACUCAGCUAGUCAAAUUGUUAUCUGGAAAAUACAAACCUUCAUACAAUCCGUCCGCGGACUGUGGGGAUUACGUCGUACUUAUUAAUGCUAGACACGUCGUUUUCAGUGGAAAAAAAAUGGAAACAAAAUAUUACAGGUGGCAUACUGGAUGGAUCGGUGGCCUCAAGCAGCGUAAGGCAAAAGAUAUGUUCGAAAAGAAGCCAACUGAAGUGAUGAGAUUAGCAGUGAAGCGUAUGCUGCCAAAAAACAAACUUGGCCUCCAUUUUUUAAGCCGGUUUUUGAUCUACCCAGAUGAUACGCAUCCUCACCAAGAUGAACAUUUGGAACAGUACCUGCCUGAUCAAACAACGCCCGUCUGCAGAUAUAGCCAUUACGAUCCCAAAUACCACUCAAAAGUCCUUUUCUCGUUAGAGAAGACUGAGGACGGUACAUGCACGUUACAAGGAGGUAUCACUCGUCCAAAAGCAACGCGCAAAGAAAUUCUGGCUGCUAAGAGGUCCGGAUAUUAUGGUGGAGGUAUUACUCGAGCACCCAAGGAGUCACCUAUACCUAACAUGUCCCUCUUGGGGCCUGCUUUGUCCUCUCAAGAGUGGGCUCAUGUCCGGAAACUAAUAAAAGAAGGCUAUGAUGGCAAAGAUUGGCCGGUGCCACCUAAUACAUCAACAAACAUAUUGAACUAUACCAAAGCCGCACUUGCCAAGCUCGAGCAUAUAAAAUCGAAUCCAUUGCCCGCGCCGUAUCCUGUUUCAUCCUACUUGAAUGCAGAGGAAAUCGAUGAAGUUUUGAAGAAUAAAAAGACCAGCGGAUAAAACUACUUCAAAAGCCUGGAAAGAAUUAUGCAGAAAACGCGCGUUUUUGAACAUAUACACGAUUACUCUUUUUUUGUGUAGCCGUUAACACAAGGCAGGUUCUGGAGAAUGCUCGUAGCAGGCUGAGUGAGUGAACGAAAUAGAAUUUGAAAUGUGCUUCUUCGCUGCAGAUCCGAGACGUGACAUCUAAACCGACAAAUUCAAUUGCAAUGCCUAAAGAAACUGUAUGACUAAGAGCUUGUGUAUUUGCAACUCAAAAUUGGCCUAUAAUAAGAAUAGAACGCUGCUGCUUGUGUAUUAUAAAUUCAAAAGCCGUCUGAUUUGCGUAGACAAAGCUCUUCUGUACACUGGGAAAACACAUAACAAAACUGAUUUAAAGCAUACCAUCUCCUUUCUCACGUCAAAGAACGGAUGCUAAUUACAAAAUUUUAGAUUUGAAGAGAGACACAAAGUGAAAAAUAAAUUUGACACUGUCGUCAU